AUGGUGCUGACUGCCUUCCUGAUGGCCUUCUUCAGAGGUGAGCUGUAUAUUGCGCCCGUCAGUCCUCAGGCUCCUGUGUACUGGUUCAGCGGCUGGCCCGUCCGACUGUCCCAGAAGGUUGCAGAGAUGGCGCAGUCACGGACGCUGUUGCCUCUACUGGCGGUGGUCGCCCUGAUGAUAAACUCGACCAGUGCCAGUCACAAGAGGAGCGACCACUACGACUACAGCGGCCCUGUCAGCGCCUCGCCGUUCUCGUUUUUGGAUACACUGGUGGACAGCUUGUUCGACUUCCGAGCGGGACGUCUGUCUUCGCUGUACGACUUUUAUCGCCAGGCUGGACUUCAAGAUGCCGUGGCCAGGACAGCCGUGGUGAUGACGUUUGCCGGCGUGGCCGUGACCGUGGCCAUCGGUGUCGACUACAUGAUCCAGAUGCUGAGCACGCUCACCAAGAAACGAGCUCUGUUAGAGGAGCGAGGCAUCAGUGAGGAGCACGUGGAGACGGCUCUGCGACUCCUGGAGCGGGCCGCCACCCUCUGGCAGUAGUGCCGGCUCGUCGGGCCCGUUUGAUCGACUU